AUGUCAGAUUACCUAUGUGAAGAGUUGAUUGUUAACAUCUUGAAAAGACUACCACCCAAAUCCCUCCUCCGGUCUAGAUCACUUUGCAAAAAAUUGUAUUCUUAUAUUUGUAGCCCCGAUUUCAUCCACAUACACACUUUUCAAUCCCAGCAAAAACUCUUAUUCAGACACGGAAGUAGUUACAAAAAUGAAGAACCAGACUUUUAUACAUUUCAUGGAGAAGAUGAAUUGCCAUUGUGCUUAGAACGUGGAUACAUUGGUAUGACUGCAGUUGAGUUUCCUUUUAGGAGAGAUUUCUGUAUUAUUGGUUCAUGUAAUGGAAUUCUAUGUGUGUUCGAUUAUUUAGAAGCAAAGUGUAUUAGUCUAUGGAACCCUUCAAUUAGGCGCAAAUUAACCUUACCUGAUUGUCCUCAUAGAUCCUUUUCUCGGGUACACACUGGAUUUGGUUUCGACCCAAUUACCAAUGAUUACAAGAUUGUGAGUAUACACAACCGAAGUUCAUUUGUUUAUGCCAUGAAGACAGAGGUAGAACCUUAUUUUAGUCAAUCAAAUGGCAUAGUCGAUAUUUGCUACAUAUUGACAUUCGAUUUGAGCACUCAUGUUUUUGGUACGAUUGCAUUGCUAGACACCAGUUGGGAAACACGAGAACUAACAACCAUCCAAGGUUCUCUAGCUGUGAUUUCUUAUUGUAUGGAUUAUCGUGAGGAUGAUGAUGAAAGUUGGAUUUGGAUGAGGAGAGUUGAUUCGUGGUCUUUGGUCUUUAAAUUGAAAACAAAUCAAGUUCAAGGAAGAAUAUAUAGAGUUUUGCAACUGACCAACAAUGGUGACUUGUUGUUCAACACUUUUUUUGUGGGGUUCCAUGUUUGUAAGCCCAAUAUAGGGACUCGAUCAAGAUUAGUGGAUUUCAGUGCUGUUUCUUGCAUGGAUGACAUUGUUGUGUGUGUUGAGAGUCUACAAUUGUUAGACAUGGUGACUGCUUGUGAGGUAAAAGAGAAGCAAAAUUUGGUAUUAGAUGGACUUGAAUUCUUUUAA